CCGGCGGGCAGACGAAAUAACGUCCGUUUCAUGACAAUGGUUGCAGUUCUAAGAAAAGUAGCCCAUAUUUCGCGAUGUUAUGGUUACUCCUGUACUAGCAUACGUGGUUGCUCUUCCGUAAGUCAUAUAAACAUUCCAGCUCCAAGGACCAAGAUGUUUCAUUUUGACGAACCAUUCGAAAUAACCUCAGUUCUUGGCAAAUUUAUUACGUAUUCUCCAAAGGAUUAUUCACACUUUAUGGAACCGUUUUUGAAGGUUGAAUUAACUGAAGAACUGAAAGCUUUUAAUGAUCUCUCGUUUAUGCUGCGGAAACCUGCACUGGAUAUGAUGAAAGAUUUAAUCAGUAUUCGAAAUCUGCAAAAGGAGAGUUUUAACAAUGAAAGUGCAUCUUCUGAAUCCGUUUUGUUAUCGAAGCGUUCCGUUCCACGAUUUGUUCUCUAUGGUCAGCCUGGAACAGGUAUCUCCACAACUUUGGCACAAAUUACCUGCUUUACUGGCAACAGCAAAUGGCUUAUAUUUCCUUUCACUAAUUGUGAAAAUUUCCUGGAGCCAUCACACGAUUUAUCUGCCAGCAAUGAAUAUCACCAUAAUCAGCAUUGUCAAGAAUUUUCAGGAGAUGCUUUUGAUUUUCCAGCACGUUCUGGUGAAUGGCUUAAAGCUUUCUUAAAGAUCAACCAAACCUUACUUGAAGAAGUAAAACCAGUCAUUUCUCGAAAAGUAGAAUGGACUAAAAAAGAUAUCAUGUGUGAAGGAACUUCUUGGAUAGACUUGAUCAAUUUUGGUGUUGCUAGGGUCAAGUAUGCAACAGAUUGUAUUGGUAUCUUAUUAAGAGAGAUGCGUUCUCUUUCAUCAACGCCUGAUGGCCCACCUUGUUUGCUUGUCAUUGAUGGGGUGAAUUUUAUGUGGUGUCGAGGAACUCUGUUGCACGAUAAAACUCUUCGUAAGCGGAUUACCACAGAUCGUUUAGCUAUUGUGCACCAUUUAAAACGUGCACUGAAAGGAGAUUGGCGCCAUGGUGCUAUAGUCACCUCAACUAAUAUCCGUGCAUCCUGGCCUACAGACAGAGAACAGUACACUCCUGGUUACCUAUUGGGAAAAUCUGGAUUUGAAUGUAUGGAUCCGUUUGUUCCUGUUCUUGUUGAAAAUUACACUCCAUCAGAAAUUGAUGCCAUGUUAAGAUUUUAUGCAGAAAAUCAAUGGCUAACAAAUCCUGCUGUUUUUACACCAAAUGGCCGAGCUGAAUUAAUCUUUCUCUCUGAUCAUAAUCCAUUAGAACUUAGUCGUGUUGCUGCUGAAUGGUAGACUGAUGCAUUCAAUCACUAAGAUCUAUCUUCCUAUCUAUCAUUGUUUUCUUCACCUUUACUACAACAAUAUUCUGUGCAUUGCGAAGAGAGGAAAUAUUAAUUACCAGUUUGUAUUUCUAAACUGGUAUACUGUAUAUAUAUAAAAAGGCCUACCUAAACAUAACUUCACAAUUUUAAUGUACAGUACAUUCAUAAUUUUUGUUAUGGUC